UUGGAGAGCGCCCUCGCGCAUGUGGCCUGGAACUAAAGAAAAAUGGUAGUAAAAAACAUGUGAGAAGAUGAAGCCGUCCAAGUACCGAUUAGCUUUCGACAAGAAAGCAUCAAACCUCGCUUCAUUGUCACCAGAUGGAAGGCUGAAAGUUUGGGAAACUACAAAUGGAAACCUCUGCCAUGAAUGGAUCCCCCCAGCUGGUUUAGGCGCGACUUGUUCGUGCUUGUGUUGGGUACAGGAUGACUCUGAUGACAGGCCCAAAGCUAAAAAGUCAAAGAAAAGUAAUCCAAAUUCAAAUGAUGGGCUCAAAAGCCAUAUAGUAUUUGGAACUUUGCAAGGAUCAAUGGUUCUGCUCAAUUGUGACACUUUGGAUGUAGUUAAUAAACCGGUAAAUGAACACCAAGGGAAAAUCAAUGAUAUAUGUUAUUGUGAUAAAAAAGAAACUAUAUACAGUGGAUCAAAUGAUAAGUUUGUCAUUGAGUGGUCAUACCCUUUGAUGACUGUAAAAAGCAAAUGGAAAGCUGACAAGCAUUGUGUGUAUAAAGUACUUGUUAGCCCAGAUGGUAAUUGCAUUCUCUCUGCUGGAAGAUCAAUAAAACUCUGGAAUAUUGAAACAAAGGAACUUCUACAGAAAUUUACAGGGCAUGCAAGUCCAGUCACCAAUCUUUUCUUUGUGCCAAUGAGCAAUGGUAAAAGUUUCAAAGAAGAAUGCUAUUUCAUAUCUACUGCUGAGGAUGAUGACAUGAUAAAUGCCUGGCAUCAUGAUUCAUCAUCCCAAGAUACAAACGCUGUUUGUUGUUUUAUGACUGAAGGCUACCCUGGUUGCAUUGAUGGCUCAAUCAGUGGCUUGCAGCAGCUACACCUUGGAUCUGCCUGCCGUGAUGGCAAAGUCUGUUUAUUUACUCAGGUUUUGAAUGGGAGGCUGACCAAGCCUGUCAAAUCGGCUUUCCACUUCAAACUGGUAAAUUCCAUUAAUGAGGAAACUUCUGCACCUGGAUUAAGAAUAUUUGCCAUGAAGCUUUUGGACAGUGAUGCUGUCCUUCUUGUGUAUGGAUCGCCGAUCAACCCGACGUUUGAGAAAAUAAAAUUAUCUAGCGUACCCAACGGAUCUAGCUUGAAACGAGAGACAACUAAGGGACUUCUGCACAAAAAAUCAGACCAAUCCACAAGAAAAUCGAGUGGCACCGCUGACGUCAACAGAUCUGUUGCCAUCGAUUCGAAUGCACCAAUCGCAAUACAGCAUGUGGAGCAAAGAGACCUAGCAACAUCACAGGGAAAUAGGACAGCCGAUCAUUUGCCUGAAGAGCCUACACUUGGCGAAAGGUUGAAUCCAGAGGCCCAGCCAGAAAUAUCUUCGACACAGCUGCUGACAAACUAUAGUAGUAGUGUUGAACGCCCAAAUGCGUCCUCCAUGACCCAGAUGCUGGAACAAGCUCUUCAUAGCGACGACGAUAAGCUGAUAGACAACGUGCUUUACAAGACGAACAAAGAAACAACAAUCACUCGCACUGUCAAAAAGCUUACAGCUACGUCUGUUAUUCCAUUAAUGAACAAGAUCUUAAACAGAAUUCAACGGAACCCAUCCCGGGGUUAUGAAUUACUUAUUUGGAUAAGAGUCCUGAUGGCAGUUCACAUAACUUACUUGAUUUCGAUGCCAAAUUUGCUGAAUAGGCUGACAACAUUAUAUCAGUCGUUUGAAGCGCGAACCAAGGUUUACCCAAAGCUGAGCAAGCUUCACGGAAGACUGGAUCUACUUUUGACUCACGUGGCAAAUCGCAAAAGCUCAACUCUGAAUGUCGCUGACGUAAACGAAUCAGCGCUGGUGUUGCAAGACAAUGAUGAGAGUGAUGAUGAAGAAUCCAGCGAUGAAGAAAUGGACGAAAAACCAGAAUCCCCUGAAUCAGAAGACGAAGAUUCAGAUGAUGCGGAGUCAGAGGUAAACACAUCGAGCUUAAAAAACAGUGAAAACGAACAUUCAGAACAAGAACAAGACUUGUCAGAUCAUGACUCAGAUAUAUAAUGAUACCUCAGGUGAAUUUUUUAAGUACCUCAAGGCUUUGAACAAGUGCUUUAUAUUUGUAAUAGAAAGAUUCCGACAGGUUUCCUACCGAGCUCACAUAAAACUAAUACUGCCGGAGAAAGCCAUUAAACACAUGUGCAGCGAUAUUUGUUUGGUUCGUUUUCAUGAUGACUUCAUUUGUAAACAGAAAUUGGAAGAUAGCGGUUUAAGAAAAUAUGAAAAUUGUCUUAUCUGAAUUUUGUUGUUGGGAGAUAAAUCUAGAAGAACCGCGGACAGAAUCGUAACAGGGAUUUCCAUAGUAGUUUUUAUACUAGCAUAAAUCUUGUGCUAAGCUUUUUAAAAAUUAAAGUACUCGUUUCCAAAUUUAAACAGUCUGCCAUGGCAAUAUGAUUUGAAAUCCUUUUUGGGUUUCGCUAAAUUUACUGGAAAAGAAAUUAUGAUGUCUUUGACGCAUCGUGGUCUUAACGAGUGACUCGCAACAAAAAGUGAUGCUAUGCUGAUCUUGAUUAACUUUUAUAAAUUAUCGCCAGCCUUUUUAUAUUCACCACUUUAACCAAAUUUUGGCGAUGAAUAUUGUUUACGUUCUAUGCUAAACACUGCCCCAGUCUCGAAAUCCCCCCUGCUUUUGUUGUUUGCUACAUCGUCAAAAGGCCUAUUAUUUUAAAUUUGUUUCUAACAUAUUGUAUCUAAGUAUUUUUCAAACACCUUUGGUAUUA